AUGAUUAUUCCUAAUUCUUCAACCGCUUUUACCGCGCUACUGGUAAAUGUAUCUUUGGAUAACCCCACCACCACGCCAAUCAUCGGCCAAGGCUCAUUUGACAACGUCCCUAAUCAUUUCUCAGAUUACGGCUUUACACUGCCCCAUAAAUCUUUUGCCAUUCAUAUGCCCGCGCAUAUCGAUCCUCUUAUCACCUUGGCCCCUGUGAAAAUUAUAAAUGAAAAAUUGAGUAAUUGCGUCAACAUCAUCAAAAAUCAAGAACAUUCACAGUUAUUUUUUUGUGGUUACGAAGCAACCUACCGCGUGUCUAAAUCUAGAACCCCUGGUCUCUACGAGAAAAUUAUCCUUCAAGAAGGCCACUACGAUACCGAUUAUCCUGCAUGGUUGUUGGAAGAGCAUCUCGCCCAACUCUAA